AUGGCGUCGCCACCGGCCUUAGCAGACGAAACCGCGGACAAGACGACCCGGGCCAAGUACAGCCGCCACCAGCUCAACAGGCUGGAAGAAGAGUUCAACGACCACCAGUUCAUCGACUCUCAGCAGACGCUGCGACUCUCCGCCGAACUGGGCAUCUCCGCCAAGCAGAUCAGGACGUGGUUCCAGAACAAGCGCGCUAUGCUACGGCGACGGAUGAUCAGGGCUGCCGGCAGCAAUUACGUGCCCCAACUCCAGAGGCCGGUGGCGCAAUCCAAGGCGCACCCGACGCCACCGGCUUCCCCACGAGGCGCGGGUGACAGCCACCUGUCGCCGGCGCCGCCCGCUGCUGCGACGCCGGCGUUUACAGUCGACGGCCCCGUAGUCCAGGUGCAGUGCCCCGCGGGAACCGAGUUUCAACCGCAGCAGAGCGUGCCACCUCUUGGUUCUUUUCCCACAGGCAGCGGCUACCUCACGGUUCCGCAGCCACGAUGGAACGACAGAAUGUCUCCCACAAUACCGUCGUCGCCGUCUCCCGCGAUGAGCAGUGGCGACGAGGAAGCCCUGUCCGCUUCCGUGGAGCUUAGGCCUAACGUGGCGGCACCCCCGUGCCGACCGUACGGGAGCUUCGAAUCACUCUGCAGGCCUACGAAUCCUUCGCCUCCGCUGACCUCGUCGUUCAGCCACUCGGCACCGUGCAUUUCGCCCGGAGGGAACCCCACUGGACACGACUGCAUCCGGUACCGUCAAGCUCCCUACAGCACCGCCGCGGCCCCAUCAAUGUGGCAAGCGCAGCCGCAGUGGCAGCAGCUGCAAGCUCCUCAGAGACCACCGCCACAAGUGAACGACAUUCAACAGGGAGUCUGGUCGCUACCCUCACCGGCAGCCGCAACGGGCCACGGGCUUCAGGGUUCCUGGACUCCGUCACCGUGGCAACCGACUCCCGCUGGCGCCAGUGCGCCACCUGCCGAGGACUCUCAACCCGUUCCCGACAUCGGAAGUCUGACGGCGCUCGUGAUGGAGAUGGAAGCUACUGCCAUAUCAGGGAGGAACGGCGGUGCCGGCAACAGCUGA